UCUUCUUCUUCUUCUUCUUCUUCUUCUUCUUCUUCUUCUUCUUCUUCUUCUUCUUCUUCUUCUUCUUCUUCUUCUUCUUCUUCUUCUUCUUCUUCUUCUUCUUCUUCUUCUUCUUCUUCUUCUUCUUCUUCUUCUUCUUCUUCUUUUCCUGUACUGUCUGUAUUUUUUAACUUUUUUUUUCUGUGCAUUAACAUUUCAUUUUGUUCUCACAGAAAACACACAUAAAAUAUAUAUGAAGCGGACAAAACGAGUAAACAAGUGCAUUACAUACUAACCACAAAGCGAAAAAGAAAAACUCACAAAAACAAAAGUAAACAGAGAAAAACUACGCAAAGAAAAGCACAAUCAAGACUCAGAAACAACUACUAACAUGCAGUCGUUGGUAACAAAUUUUUAUAGUUCUUUAGUUAUAAUAUUACUCAUAUUAAAGACAACUAACUGUUUAAAAAAUAUAAAACUCGGUGUACCUAUGCCUUGGUCUGGAAAGAGUUGGGCAGCAGCUCCACGUUUUGCAGCUGGUAUCACGGUAGCUAUAGACAAAAUAAACAACGAUCCUUACCUACUGCGAGAUUAUAAUGUAUCCUUCAUAUGGGGUGAUAGCAAAUGUGAGGAAAAAGCUACUUUAGAAGUUAUCGUGGACAUGUACACGAAGGAAAAAGUACCGGUAAAUGCUCUCAUAGGUCCUGCAUGUAGCGAUGGGUGCAAAGUUGGUGCAAUGUUAGCAUCACACUGGAACAUACCCAUGGUUUCUUACGGAUGCGCUGCAAGUUUUUUAAGCGAGUUAACAACAUAUCCAAAUUUCGCUCGAACUGUGGGUGUUUAUAGUAAAUCUGGCAAAGUUAUUGUGAACUUAAUGCAACAAUUUCAUUGGAAGAAAAUAGCGAUUAUAACUCCCACGGAUGGGACGUGGUCAUCAAUUAUGAACAGAGUAAGAAUUGAUGUCGAGUUAACAAAAGAUCUCGACGUAUCGUACUUUCAAAAUUUUAACAGUGAUAACGUGAAAGGUAAUUUCUUAAGAAGAAUUUUACAGGAAGCUGUCAAAAAAGCUCACAUUUUUCUACUUGGUGGCUAUAGAAAGACAAUACAUUCUGUAAUGCGUGAAGCAAAAAAGCUUGGCUUAACAUCGGCUGGAUAUGCUUUCCUAACAUAUGAAUUACUACUUGACUCGUGUUUACCAGAAAAUAUAACGCCAGAGACAUCUGAAUCGUGCAGUGCUAUAGAUGGAAUUCUUGAUAUUAGUUUAUUUGUGCCACAAAGUGAGUCUUACAGUAACUUUUCAAAGCUGGUAAGACGAAAGAUGGAAGAACAACCCUUCAAUAGAGUCAUGCCUUCCUCAGAAGUGGUUGAACCUUAUGCUGCGUUUUUACAUGAUGCUGCUUUGUUAUAUGCACAUGCAUUAAAUAAAACCUUAAACAUGAAUGGUAGCAUUGAUAAUGGCAGACUUAUCAUACAAAACAUGUUGAACAUGACUUUUGAAGGUGAAUCCGGAAGAGUUGUCAUUGAUAUGGUUGGUGACAGAGCAUCAGCACUUCAAGUUCGAAAUGUCAAAGACUCAAAAUAUUACAGAGUAGCUAACUUUUUUGUUGAUUCUUCAAAACUGGAAGUGUUGAACACAACUGUCAAUUGGCCCGGAAAAACAACAGUGAUUCCCUUGGGAAGACCAGCAUGUGGGUUUAAUAGUGAAUUCUGUCCUCCCCCGAAAAGUACAGAACCAUGGGUAUAUGCUUUGGCUGGCGUACUUUCAUUUGUAGUUCUGUUACUUGCAGUUGCAUAUGUUGUUAUCCAUUACAGGCGGAAAGCAUUUGAGAAUGCCUUAAUGUCUCAACAUUGGAGAGUUAAUUUUAAUGAUAUUCAUUUCAAUAGAAGAGUUAUGAGGUCUAUGAGUCACGGCGGAAGUAAAGUUAUGGGAGUAUCUCAAGGCAGUAACCAGUCAAUAGAUAGUCAAAUUGGCAGUGAUGUACAUGGACAAGUAUUUACUAGGAUUGGAUUGUUUCAGGGAAACUAUGUUGCAAUCAAGGAACUGCGCAAAAACUCAGUGACACUUACAAGAGAUAUUUUGCUAGAGUUUAAAGACAUCUCUGAAGUACAACACCAAAAUAUAAAUGCAUUUGUUGGAGCUUGCAUUGAUAAUCCAAACAUCUGCCUCCUGACACAGUAUUGCAACAAGGGUAGUUUGCAGGAUGUACUGUAUAACGAGGAUAUCAAAUUAGACUGGAUGUUUCAAAUAUCUAUUGCAUCUGACUUAGCACGAGGUAUGAACUACCUACAUUACAAUACACCUAUUGGUGUCCAUGGUAACCUGAAAUCAACAAAUUGCGUUAUCGACAGUCGUUUCGUUUGCAAGAUCACUGAUAUAGGUUUGUUUAAAUUCAAGGAAGGUCAACUAAAAGACGUAGAAGCUGGAGAAGAUCACUAUUUAGAUUCUCUGUUAUGGGUUGCACCAGAACAUCUCGACAACUUCAGAUUUCCUCGGUCGAAAGAAGGGGAUGUGUACAGUUAUGGAAUCAUUCUACAAGAAAUUAUUACGAGAGGUUAUCCGUACUGUAUGUUUGAAAUGAUGAGUGCUAAAGAAAUUAUAAGCCAAGUAAAAAAGUCAUUGUCUCCACCGUUUCGACCAAAAAUGUCUGAAGAGGUCGGCCACCCAGAUUACCAUGUUUUGAUGAGACAAUGCUGGGAAGAACUGCCGUCACAUCGACCACGAUUUGACGAAAUUAUGAAAACACUGAAAAAGUUGAAUGGCGGCAAGAACAUAAACAUUGUGGACAACAUGAUAAAUAUGAUGGAGAAAUACACGGAUCAUUUAGAAGAACUUGUUGCAGACCGAACGAAGCAAUUGGAAGAGGAGAAAGCUAAGACUGACGAACUGUUAUACAGGAUGUUACCAAGGACAGUAGCAGAACAGUUAAAACAAGGCGAUACUGUGCGAGCUGAAUCGUUUGAUAUUGUGACCAUAUUUUUCAGCGAUAUUGUAGGGUUUACAAAGUUAGCUGCCGAAAGUACACCUUUAGAGGUUGUCGAUUUAUUAAACGACUUGUAUACAUGUUUCGAUCAGAUAGUAGACCAACAUCACGUUUAUAAAGUUGAAACAAUAGGAGAUGCUUACAUGGUAGUGUCAGGUUUACCUGAAAGAAACGGUAACAGACACGCUGGCGAAAUUGCGAGAAUGUCGUUAGAUUUAUUGAGCGCAACAACAACUUUUACCGUGCGUCACAAACCAGAAGCUAAACUACAACUACGGAUCGGUAUCCAUUCGGGACCUUGCGUUGCUGGUGUUGUGGGUCUAAAAAUGCCACGCUAUUGUCUUUUUGGAGAUACAGUGAACUACGCAUCACGCAUGGAAUCCAGUGGGCUAGCUCUUCGCAUACAUGUCAGUCCAGAAUGUAAGGAGGUGUUAUGUGAACUUGGUGGAUAUCAUUUAGUGGAGAGAGGACCUGUCACAAUGAAGGGUAAAGGCACAAUUGUUACGUUUUUUCUCGCCGGCUACGAUGGUUUUACGAAAGCGUUACCUGACUUAAAAGAAGCAGUUGGUUUGGAGGAGCAUUCAUUCAAAUAACAAAGUUUGAUCGAGUGUGUUUAAUCUUAACAUCUUGGUCGCUUGAAGUCGCAAGCGAAAAAGUUCAACGACAAAAAGCAAGCCAUUUUUAUCACCGCUAACUCGGGUUAUUCCAAGGAAUGUUAAUUAGCAUAUGCGAUCCCAAUACUGAAUCGAGCUUCAUAUAGAACGUCAAAUAGAUAAAUUAUUAUUUUUGUAAGAGCUGUAUAAAAAUCAAGUUUAUUUAAACGCGUGACUUUUAGUCAUCUAUUUACAAAUUGUGACAUUGUUUAGUUUUAUCACGUGUUAUUAGGUAUAGAAAUAAAACUUGGACGCGAGACUGUAUUAACGAGAUGCGAGGCUGUUUUAACUGGGCACAAAAUAACAAGAAAGAUAUUCGAACGAAAUGUGCCUUUAAGUUGUUGCUUUUUUCAGAUUUGUUGUUAAUUUUUUUACUAUUUUUUUAUUUAUGCUUUUAUAUUUUAAAUCCACCCACGCUACCCAAAUUUUCACACACUACGGCUAUAUUUUAUUUUUUCUUUAGAACAUUUAUCUUCUUUCGUACCGUAUUUGCGUUCUUAUUUUUGUUAAUAUGAAAUCUUGCUAAACAUAGACUGUUGCAUGUUGGAAAUUAUCUCCCUUUUGUGCCUAGACGAUAUUUGAAACACGGAAAUGGUUAACGAAAGCCUGAUAAACUUGUGCUGAAACCUCAGUUCAGCUUCUGAUCAAUCGUUGCAAUUUUUACUGCAUCUUUGGUAACAGUUUAAGAGUUCGACUUGUUAGGUGUUGUCUUACAAAAGAACCUUUUCCCAAUUCCUUUAUCAUCUCUUUAAGCGUUAGUACUCAUGGCAUGGUUGCUUCCUUGUCGAGUACACAAUUAGUUUCUUACGUUAUUUAACGCAAUACUGAAUUUUCUUACAUAAGUUUCACCUAUAAAAAUAUAUUAAAAAUCAAACUACAGAUUGUAUAUAUUUAAAUAUAAAUAUGUGUAUAUGUCGUA